GGUGUGGUUACAGCGAAACCAGCAGCAGCAUUGCAUUUGAGUUUGAGAGUGAAAUCGAGCUUCGAUCGAUCGAGAGAGAUGGGUGGUGGACAUGGACAUGGGCAUGGCGGAACAACCUACAAAGGUGUAACAAUUCAUCAACCUAAGCGAUGGCACACCGUCACAGGAAAAGGCUUGUGCGCUGUCAUGUGGUUUUGGGUUAUGUAUAGGGCAAAACAAGAUGCUCCUGUAGUAUUGGGUUGGAGGCAUCCUUGGGAUGGUCAUGGUGAUCACGGAAGCGAGCAUUAAUUUUCUUUAGGCUUCAGCUACAAAAACGGGAACAUCAGAACUUGAAGGAUCUGUGUUCGUGAAUGUGUGUUAAUCAAAUGUUUACUUUAUGUCAUUCAAUAAAUUGGCUAUACAAGUUUUUUUUACCCAUGAAACAAAGCUAUAUUUGAGCACCUUGUUAACUUGGAUGAAUGUUUAUGAUCGUUGUUGCUUGAACUAUUUAUCCAUGUUUUUUGUAAGAGAAAUUUAUUGUAAUAUACUUAACGUGUGAAAUAUGUGCCAAAGGUUUGUCUGUGA